AAAAUUGUUAUUCUAUUAUAUCUCUCUAGGACAAAAAAAAGUAAAGUCAAAAGAUCCUCUCUCAUCGAUCUCUCUCUAACAUCUCCGUCUUCUGCUUCGUGUAAUUUGGGUAUUGUUGGCUCCCUACUCUGAUUCCUCAAAUUCCUUAUUUUUAUUAACCCGCGAAAAUAAAUUAUAAAGAGGGCUUUCAAAAUUUUGAACCUUUCUCUAACAAUGGAGAUCUCCCUCCUUCCCUUUUUCUUCUUUCGCGUUUAAGGUUUCUCCUCGUCUCUUCUCUUUUCAAUGGAUAUAGCGACCAGUAAUGCUCCAAUGAAUCUUGAAUCCGUCGCAAUGGUUGAUGGCAACGGAGCAGAACCGGUGUCUCCGCCUGCGAAAAAGCCACGUUUUGACGAGGAGAUGAAUAGAGUGGCGGAGAUUGUUCUGGUUCUAUCGGCGUUAGGGAGGAUGCGUGGUGGGGAAACUCCGACGGCGUUGGAACUCGAGCUGAUGUUUGAAGCUAGGUCCAAAUUAGCUGGGAUGUGUCUGGAAUUUGACCCUAAGGAUAUUAUUCGUAAGGAUGAUGUUAAAUCUGUGAUUGAGGAUUUGGGUUUCAAUGGUAAGCUUAAAGACCAGAGAUUAGGUUUUCGAGCUCCUACGGUGACUAUCUCUGAGAAGCUUUCUCUUGGUAAACGAAAGAUGGAAGAAGCAGAAAAGUAUCCUACCACUUCGACAGUAUCCACUGGAUAUACAUUGUCACAGCCAAACGGUAGUCUUGCAUCUCCUGGUGGUCUUGCGAAUAAAGCUUCUGUGGCUCAUCAGUGGCCUAGUAGUGAAGUUGCUACUGCUAACACUAGUGGAAGCCAUUUCAAAUUGGACAGACCUCAGAUGGUACUUAACGGUGCUUCUCAAGGGACUCCAGUUUCUUCCGCGAAUUAUUAUGCUGAACCCUGGUCUGCCCAACUUCCAUCCACCAUAUCUUUCAGUACUGCACCAGAUAAGAAGGUUCCAAUUCAAAGUUCUGUCAGGACAGCAGAUCCAAGCUUUAGGCCAUUCAGGCACGGUACAUUCACUGGCACAAAUCAGCCAAUGCAUUACAGUCAAACUUCUUCGUUCGGAGGCAACCAUACUGAAAUUGCUAAGAUAAUCCAUAAAUUUCUGCAACCACGGGUUAAACAAUAUCCUUUGUGGAAUCCACCUUCAAGAGAGUAUAUGAGCAGGGCAAUGGCAUGCCAGAUAUGUGAAGUUACCAUCAAUGAAAUGGACACUCUACUGAUUUGUGAUGCCUGUGAAAAAGCAUACCACUUGAAAUGUCUGCAAGGAAACAAUAUGAAAGGGGUUCCAAAAUCUGAAUGGCAUUGCUCAAGAUGUGUGCAAGCAUUCAAUGGGAAGCCAUUUCCUCCUACAUAUGGGCGUGCGACUCGUGCCGUAGCGACGACUACAGCAAAAAUGCCUUUUAGGGCAGCCGGAGUUCUAUCAUCCUCAGCAAAGAAGAUUGGACCGAUGGAUAUAAAGGCUAAUCAACAAAAACCAAUUGUAUCUACGUUUUCAAGAUUGCAAAAUACUGGCUUGGUUUCUGGAGCAGCAACUACAUCUCAGUUUGAGUCUGCUAGUGUAAAUGCAAAGACAACUGCAAGCGCAGCAAAGACUACUAACAUUGGAUCACAGGGCUCUAAGGAAAAUGUUGCCUGUGGUGCUAAUUCUCCAGCACCGGUAUCGCUUACCGAGACUCCAAAUCGUACAGGAAUCGCAAGUACAAUUUCUGUGAUAAACAAUGGCCUCAUUUCAAAACCUUUAACACCAGUUGGUACUAUGAGCAGCACUUCUCCAUUGCCUGUUGUUAACCAACUUCCCGUGAAUGCAACCUCAAACGCAAGUCCGAGUACACCAAUAACUGCUAGCCUUGUAGCACAAGCCCCGACAGUUACCCAAAAUGGAGAUGGCAGCUCAACGGCCUCUGGGACUGCUGACCAUUCUAUAUUGAAUGCUGACAUUACCACUCAAGUUCAUACAUUGACUGUUACUUCCAGUAGUAAUUCUCAACAGGCAGUGUCACAUUCUGAGGUUGCAAAAGCAACUGAAGAUGCAGCUCCUUUGGAAAAUGUUUCCGAGUGUGAGAAACCAUCAGAAUCUACAUCUCACCCAGACUCUCUGAAUGAUAAAACAAUAUCAGAGAACGUUCAAGAAUCAAGUAAGGAUGCUAAAGUUGAUUCUGAAGCUUGCCAGAACCACCCAACAGCAUCCCCAGCCACUGUUGUACCAGAUCAAGACUCGACGAUCACUGCUGCACCAUCCGUGACACAAGAGGAUUCAGCUUUCAAUACAGAGAAAACACCACCUCAGCCACUUUCGGUGUCAUCUAACUAUGAUUCACAAACCGAGAAGGAAACACCAAAUGUCCAAGAUUCUGUACAUAAUGUUCCGGGAGAUUCAGAGAAGGGUAAAGGGUUAAAUGGUUUAGAUGAUAGACAUCAGGAACAGCCUUCUGAGCCGGAGUUCUAUAAGUCAGAUUCGGUAAAGGAAGAAAAUGCUGCCUAAAAUUUUUGAGUAAUCACCUGGGAUUACUUCACCAGCAAUUAUCGUCUUCUCUCCCCUUUGGCUCUCAAAGGUUUAUAUAUCUCAGUUGUUAACAGAAACCAGGAAUAUUCAAAACAUUGAAGCUGUGGAUGAACUUGUCAAAGCAAUUAGAAUAAUGUGAGUUGAGACGCUGACGGUUUGAUAUAACAUGGGUUUAAGGCAUCUUUGAUCUAACUCUGUGAUAGCCGAAGGGAACUGUAAUAGAAUCUUGAUUCAGGUUUUGCAACUUAUGAAAUAUAAUGAUUUUUCUCAUUGAGUUUAAACUGUUUUGGAUCCUACAAAAUGAUUCAAUGAAACGAUUGAAAUGUUACAUAGCAC